AUGGCUGACGUGAGUAAUAUGGAUCAAAGCAAUGCGAAAGCGCAAAAAAGACAGGGAAACGGUACACUUCAUGUGCACUCAAAACGAAGAAAGAAGGUGCAAAACGAAGAAAUAGACGAAAAGUUUGACGAUACAGAAGAUUUAACGCUGUCGAGUCACAAAAAACAGCUAGUUGAACUUGCUGAAAAAGACCCGGAAUUUUACAAGUUUCUAAAAGAACAGGAAUCUGACUUACUACACUUUGAUGAAUCGGAUUCUGAUGUGGAAGAAGAUCCUCAUCAUAAAGAAGCUGAUAGCGAAGGUGAAAGAUCCGAAGGAGACGAAGAUUUAAGGAGAGAUUCAGCAGGACGGAAAGGUCAGCCGGAACCAAUAGUAAUUCAUCGAAUGGUUGCUGCAUUUACGGCAUGUGUGGCUCGAGUUGGUGCUGAUAUUGAACCGCCAAGUUAUGUGAUUAAUGACAGUGAUGUAUUUGAGGGUGUUGUGCGAUUGUGCUUCACAUAUUUAGGCAAAUAUCUACUUACAUUAAUAGAUCAUAUCAAGACCGAGGCGGAUGAUGAAGAGCCAGAUCCAAAGUUGAAAAAAGUUGGGAAGUAUAAGAAAAAGCAAUACCGAUGCUGGAAAAAGCACGGUAAUUUAAUAAAAAGCUAUCUUCAUGCCCUUUUACAGUUCUUGAACGAAAUCCAGACACCAAGUGUCACUGUAUGUACACUGCGUGCAAUCACUGAUUUGCUCGAAUUAUACAUUCAUUUCCCGAAACUCAUUCGAAAUCUUACAAAGGCAGUGAUCAAAAUUUGGAGUCGUCGUACGGACGAAUGUCGUAUUGCAGCGUUUUUGGCUCUGUCUAAGCUAAUCAGAAUUCAUAAAAACAGUUUUCCUGCACUAAUCAAGAGAUGUUAUUUGGAAUAUGUAAUGAAUGUUCGAGAUGUGAAAGCAGAAUCGUGGCCACUGAUUGUACUUAUGCAGAAAUCUUACGCUGAACUGUGUAUGACAUAUCCAGAAAUAACAUAUCAAUAUGCUUUUGUGUAUAUAAGGCAAACGGCAAUACAUCUUAGGAAUGCAAUGAUAGCCAAGCGAAAGGAUCUUAUCCAAACUAUUUACAACUGGCAAUUCAUGCAAUGCUUGUAUUUGUGGAGUCAGGUAAUUGCUAAAGCUCAUCGUCAUAUUUCUAACAAAAAGGAGGAUACUGCUGGAAUCAAGGAACUUGAUUAUCCAUUAUGUCAGAUUACGAUUUCCACAAUGAAACUUUUUCCAUCACUAAAAUAUUUCCCAUUGCGACUGCACUGCCUCCGGAUACUGCUCAUCAUUCAACAGAAUUGUCACACGUAUAUUCCAACUUUGUCACUUGCCGUUGAGUUACUAUCUGAUGCGCUCCUAAUGCUGAAAAAGAAACCCAUGAAAGGAAAAGGAACGCAGAAAAACAUCGAUAUGAGAUGCACGCUUAAGGUAUAAUUCUGUCUUGUGUUUACGUUGCAUUUUGAUUUGGAUUAAGAUGGAAUUAUUUAUUUAGUCAACAUUUCCAUUAAUUCUGAUGCUUCCCAAAGUCAGUUAAAAUUCCAAUUUGAAUUCCUCCCUUCGCA